GGUUUUGCUUCUUCUUCUUUUUUUCCCUUCCGCUUAGCCGUCCAUCUUUCCGUUUCAGGCGCGAGAGAAGCUGAGUAGCCAAACAACACCGGAGCUCCUUCUCUUGUCGACGGAACGAGGCGAAAGUGGAACUGGGGAUCUACCCGGACUUGUUUGACCGCCGCUCUUCCUUUUUCUUUCGGGAUCGAAAGGAAGGUGGUUCUUUGCCGGCCUCUGCUUGGGCUUCGGACACCGACCUACAAUGCCACAAAACGAAUAUAUAGAGUUACAUCGGAAGCGAUAUGGCUACCGCUUGGAUUACCAUGAGAAGAAAAGGAAGAAAGAAGGACGUGAGGCUCAUGAGCGUUCAAAGAAAGCCAAGAAAAUGAUAGGAUUAAAAGCUAAACUGUAUCAUAAACAGCGCCAUGCGGAGAAAAUACAGAUGAAAAAGACUAUUAAAAUGCAUGAGAAGAGAAAUACCAAGCAGAAGAAUGAAGACAAGACCCCAGAAGGUGCUGUACCAGCAUACCUGCUGGACAGGGAGAGCCAGUCUCGAGCAAAAGUUCUUUCCAACAUGAUCAAACAAAAAAGAAAAGAAAAAGCUGGAGACAUGGUACCUGGUGUAUCUAUCAGGUUGAUUCGAUGGCCUUUCCAGUCAAAUGUGACAGCAGCAGAUUGA